AUGGAACAACUCUCCAUGAGACCUACUACUGUGUCUAACCAUCAUCGUCAUCAUCAAGGUGGGUCUCGCACUGCUGGUUUAAUGAUCAGUUAUGAGUUAGAGAGUGGUGGUGGGUCUAGUAGUGCUGGGUUUGGAGCUGGUGGGUUUGAUUUUCCUGGAGGUAUGAGUUUUAUAUCCGUUUUGGGUGGUAAUAACAAUCAGAUGCCUGGACUUGAGUUAGGGUUUGCUCAGGAAGGUAAUGUUGGAGUUUUUAAUCAAAAUUCAUUUACACAGAUUUAUCAGCAGGUGACUCAAGCUCAGGUUCAAGCUCAGGAUAGAGUUCUUACCCAUACUCCUCAUCAUAACCCAUCACAUGAAGAUCAUCAUCAGCAAGAGAGUGAUGAGAAAGAUGAUUCUCAAGGUUCUGGGCUUUAA